AGGGAGGGAGGGAGAGAGGGAGGGACCCGCCCGCCGCGCCCCGGCCGCCAGGCAUGUGUGGCCACAGGCGCCGGUCGCCGCCGCUGUCCCGGGGCUGAGCCGCGCCUGGGUCUCCGGGACGGUGCGGGAGCGAGUGUGUGCGGCCGCCCGAGCCAGCUCCGAGCCGGCCCCGAGCCUCCCGCUUGCUCCCCCGGGCCGCGGUGCAUGUUCGCCUCCUGCCACUGUGUGCCGAGAGGGAGGAGAACCAUGAAAAUGAUCCACUUUCGGAGCUCCAGCAUCAAAUCACUCAACCAGGAGAUGAAAUGCACCAUCCGGCUGCUGGACGACUCGGAGAUCUCGUGCCACAUCCAGAGGGAGACGAAAGGGCAGUUUCUCAUCGAUCACAUCUGCAACUACUAUAGCCUACUGGAGAAGGAUUACUUUGGCAUUCGUUAUGUGGACCCAGAGAAGCAACGGCACUGGCUUGAGCCUAACAAGUCCAUCUCCAAGCAAAUGAAAUCUCAUCCACCAUACACCAUGUGCUUUAGAGUGAAAUUCUACCCACAUGAACCCUUGAAGAUUAAAGAAGAGCUCACAAGGUACCUUUUGUACCUGCAAAUUAAAAGAGAUAUUUUCCACGGUCGACUGCUCUGCUCCUUUUCAGAUGCUGCCUACCUGGGUGCCUGUAUUGUGCAAGCUGAACUCGGUGAUUAUGAUCCUGAUGAGCAAGCUGAGAAUUACAUCAGUGAGUUUGAAAUUUUUCCAAAGCAGUCACAGAAGUUGGAAAGAAAAAUAGUGGAAAUCCAUAAAAAUGAACUCAGAGGCCAGAGUCCACCGGUUGCUGAAUUUAAUUUACUUUUGAAAGCUCACACUUUGGAAACCUAUGGGGUAGAUCCCCACCCAUGCAAGGAUUCAACAGGCACAACAACAUUUUUAGGAUUCACUGCUGCAGGCUUCGUGGUAUUCCAGGGAAAUAAAAGAAUCCAUUUGAUAAAAUGGCCAGAUGUCUGCAAAUUGAAGUUUGAAGGGAAGACAUUUUAUGUGAUUGGCACCCAGAAGGAGAAAAAAGCUAUGUUGGCUUUCCAUACUUCCACACCAGCUGCCUGUAAACAUCUUUGGAAAUGUGGGGUGGAGAACCAGGCCUUUUAUAAGUAUGCAAAAUCCAGCCAGAUCAAGACUGUGUCAAGCAGCAAGAUAUUUUUUAAAGGAAGUAGAUUUCGAUAUAGUGGUAGGGUUGCCAAAGAGGUGGUGGAGGCCAGCUCCAAAAUCCAGAGGGAACCUCCGGAGGUGCACAGAGCUAACAUUACUCAGAGCCGCAGUUCUCACUCUUUGAACAAACAGCUCAUCAUUAACAUGGAGCCCCUGCAACCCCUGCUGCCUUCCCCCAGUGAGCAGGAGGAGGAGCUUCCACUGAGAGAGGGUGUUCCACUGCCCAGGGAAGAAAUUUCUGCUCCACUGAUCUCCAGCUCACCAGUGAAAGAAGCCCGGGAGUAUGAAGACCCCCCAAGUGAAGAAGAUGAUAAAAUCAAAGAGGAGCCCUUGACCAUCUCUGAACUGGCCUACAAUCCAAGCGCCAGCCUGCUCCCCACCCCUGUGGAUGAUGAUGAGAUUGACAUGCUCUUUGACUGCUCAUCUAGGCUGGAAUUGGAAAGAGAAGACACAGAUUCCUUUGAAGAACUGGAAGCAGAUGAACAUGCCUUUUUGCUGGCUGAAGAAGAGGAGCUGAAGGAGGCUCACCGAGCUUUGACAUGGAGCUAUGACAUUCUGAGCGGCCAUAUUCGGGUGAACCCACUGGUCAAGAGUUUCUCCAGGCUCCUUGUGGUGGGCCUGGGGCUGCUGCUCUUUGUAUUCCCCCUGCUCCUCCUCCUUUUGGAGUCAGGUAUUGAUCUCUCCUUCUUAUGUGAAAUCCGCCAGACGCCAGAGUUUGAGCAGUUUCACUAUGAAUACUACUGUCCUCUGAAGGAGUGGGUGGCUGGCAAAGUCAAUCUUAUUCUCUACAUGCUGGGUUGCUCAUAAAUUUCCUAUCUCAGAUGACUAAGGGCUAUAUUCAAUACUAGUGAUUAGGUUUUUUUCAGCAAAUGCCUGGUUCUGAAUGGUCCUGGGGCCAUCAACAGGCAUUCUUUAUUCACAACUGAUUAUUCAAACCUUUAAGUUUGCUUUCCAUAAUUCACUGCACUUAAAUAAGUUAAAAUCAAAUACAGUUAUGUUAGUUAUAGGUCAAGAAGAUGACCUCUAAGUAACCAAAAAUGUUUUUUUUUAUUAUAGUACAGACUAACUCUUUAUUAUCACAAUACAUAACACAUUGAGCUGAAUUAGAUUUCCCAUUUUUUUAACAGCACCAUUAGAAGCUAUAGGUUCUUAGGAAAAACCCAAGAGAACAUUUUUGAAUAUAAUCCCUAGGAUUAUGUCCUCUAACCAAUGCCUAUACAACUAAAUUUAUGCUGGGUUUUUGUUUUUGUUUUUUUAAAAAUAUUUUUUAUGUGUUCAAAAUAUUUUGGUAAAUUUUUAGCAAAAAAAGAAGCCUCCUGGAGUUAUUUAAGUGUACAGAUCAUAAGACUAAUGCACUAGGGUAUGUUUGGGAAUUUUUUAAUGUUUUGGCACUGGUUUGUUUUUAAAAAUAUUUUUGGCUGAACAAUUCCAUAAUUUCUUGUUUCCUGCAUUUGAGAUAGAAAAUAAGUAGAAAGACACUAGCAUGUAAGUCACCCAGACGGAUGAUGGAACUGGAGGAUGUGGAAAUUGAGAGCAUCAAGUGGACACAGAGUGGUCAUUUUCAAAGUAUUUGGACAAGAUGACUUUUUUACUUUCAUUUGCAUUUUGUCCAUAUAUUUUGGCUAGGUAAAUGGAAGUGAAAUUUUAAAGAAAACAGUUAAAGAUAUGCAGUUAAUUGUAUCACCCAACAGUGGAAGCAGACGGGAACUGGACAAAUGGCAAGGAGCAAAAAUAGAGUCCUGGUGAGGCUGGUAGCCAAGUGAUGGUAGGCAGGUGCUCUACUUCAUGAACAAAAUUGUGAUGCAAGGUACUGGAUGAUGAAAAGCAAGCUAUUUGAGUGCACUAACUGUCAGAGUUGACAUUAAUAUGUUUAAGUGGACCCAAACAAGAGUGGAGAAUCUUGAAGGCAUACUUUUUUGGGUCCCUCAUGCCAUUCAUUGUGAUUCUGUAGAAGCAGCCUCAAAGAAGUGUAUAUAUGAGAGAAAGAAUGAAUAGGAUAGAUUUUGGCUUUUUGACAAAAGCCAAUGCUCUUCCCUAUGGUAGUCAUUAUACUCCUUUUCUUUCCUGAUUUUCUUAAGAUCUUAACUCAUUCAUAAUUGAAGAGCCCAUUAAGAAAGUGGAGGGGACUCAGAUGACACACCAUUUCAGUUUGAAGUUGCAUAAUGGCUCCCUAACCAGACAACAGGGGAAAGAAAUACUCUCAUACCUUCCAUUAUACCAUUAAAUCCAUGGCAGAAAACACUCUGAUGCCUUCCUCUGCAGUGUCCUUACCAAUACUAUGACUUCAGUGAGAAAGAAGAGAGUAUAGAGCUCAGGGUAUAGAGCACUGAGGUUCUCCAUGGAUUGAAAAUGUUUCAUUGCCUUCAUUUACAAAGAGGUUGGGCCACCUGUAAUCGCUCCCUAAUUCUAGUAGAUACUCCUACUCCAUCAUUAGCAUAAUUUACAAAUUGGCCAUUCUAAUCCUACUUAUUCAGUGGAGCUCUGAUUGCUUAUUGGAUAUUUAAUUUUGAAAAUAAGUUUUAAAAGGCAGCUCAUAAAGCCUUCAAUUGAGUAAAAUAUAAAAUAUAGUUGCUAUUAGGCUUAUAGGGUGUUCUUUCUCAUGUGCUUUCAGUGACUCAUUUUGCUUUUUUAAAUAAACAUAUUUUCUAUAGUUUUGGGGGGAAGUUUGCAAAUGGUCAGCUUUGAACUUGCAGGUUUUUCCCCCGACCUUUUUUUUUUCUAUAUGACUUCUAAGUCAGACGUCUGACAUAACAGUGCUCUAGUGUAGUCUACAUGAAAUAAACCCUUCUUCUAAAAAUCAUGCUUCAUAUCCCUCCCUUUUUAAGUUCUAAUAAUGACAAGUUAUUUAUCCCUCACCCUUUAAAAUAAUAUAUAAUAAUAUUUUUAACUUAUGGAAGUAAAUGUAUUGUCCAUUGUAAAACAUUUGAAAAUAUUGACAAUAUCACUUAUAGUUCAACCAUGCAGAUUUAUAUUAAGAAGUAAUAUUUUAACAUUUUCAUUUAAAAUCUUUUCUCUUAGUCAAAAAAUUUACUGUUUAAUAGAAAUGUCUUUAAGUGAAGGAAAUGACAGGGCAGGGUCUGCUGAAUUUAAACAAUAGCUACCAAAUAUAAAACUGGGAUCCUGGAAUGCCAUCUUAUCAGGAUAGAAUCAGAAUCUUUUAGAAAUAUCCAUCUAGGUUUUAGUAGGAGAGAAUCAUCAGUUACCUUAAUCAAAUGAGGAAAAGACUGCUUCCAAAGAUGAAGAGUAUAUAAUGUAGUGAGACAGAGCUCAAAGCAAGUGUGUGAGUAUAUGUAUAUUCUAUAUUAUUGGUGUAUAUGUGUUUAUACAUGAAUCUGUAUAUAUGUGUUGUAGGUGUGCACACACAACUGAUAGGCCCUUAUAUAUAGUUGUGUUUAUUUCUUCCCAUCUGAGGAAUACGUAACAUUAUUAUUGUCCCUUUCCCCUCUCAGCUAUCAUGGUGGAUAUAGUCCACCAACUGAAAGGUUGAAAUUUCCAUUAAAACCACUGUGUGUACCUUUGUGGUUAUAUAUACACACAUAUAUGGCAAAUACAUAUACACACACAAUCUUGCCUUUAGUGCUAAUACAAGUUGGAUUAUGAAACAAAAUGUAGGUAAAGUAUUGUGUAUUUCUGUCUGUGCUUGGAACAUAUUAUAAAGUGUUAUGUAUUUGGAAUAUAUCUUGUGGUUUGUCUAACAUUUAUAGAGACAACUUUGGGGAGAAUUCAAAAUGAGUUGAUUUCAUUGAAAUACCAGAGAUCUGGGGGCCAUGUUACCUGUGAUUGGAGCCUUACCUUUGUAUAGUAAAAUUUGCAUUUCUAUGUCAACAUCCAGUUUGUUCUAUAUGUUAAUUUGGUGGCAGGAAUCCCUAAUAAAAAUACU